AUGGACCUCAAGUACUCUGAUGACCUGAUCAGGAUUCCGAACCUGUCUAGUAUUGCCCCAAAUCUCGAGUUUUUAUAUUUGGAAGGAUGUAAGAGCUUGGUUGAAACUCCCUCUCUUCAAAAUCUGAGCAAGCUUACUGAACUUCAUCUAAGUGAUUGCUGCAAAAUCAAAGAUUGUCCAGAGAUUCCGUGUAAUAUAAGGAUUCUAAAAUUAGACGGAACUGGAAUAGAACAACUGCCCUCAUCAAUUAAGCAUCUGUCUCAACUUGUCAUAUUGUCCUUGUAUCAGUGUACAGCACUCGAGAGUCUUCCAAGCAGCAUUGGCAAUUUGAAACGUCUUGAACAACUUGAUCUAACUGGAUGUUCAAGACUCGUGACUAUUCCAAGCAGCAUAGGCGAGUUGAAAUGUCUUGAAAAGUUAUUUCUCCCGAUUUGCUCAAAUUUAGCAAGUCUCCCUGAAAGCAUCAAAACAACUUUCACAACAGGAUGA